AUGUCGGGAGGUACGGAGCCCCUUGAGAUCCGCUUCGGCCUCAUCAGCGGCGGCAACAAAUAUCUGACAGCCGAGUCGUUUGGUUUCACUGUCAACGCGUCCGCGAGCUCCAUGAAAAAGAAGCAGGUGUGGACCCUGGAGCACGCGGACGCGGACGACGACUGCAGCGCAGUUCUGAUCCGAAGCCACUUGGGACGCUACCUGGCAGCUGACAAGGAUGGGAACGUGACCGGGGACGGUGCGAGCCCCGCCGGCCCUGACUGCCGCUUUGUCAUCACGGCUCAUGAUGACGGUCGCUGGUCUCUGCAGUCGGAGGCUCACGGCCGCUACCUGGGCGGCACCGAGGACCGGAUCUCCUGUUUCGCACAGAGCAUCUCCAACACAGAGAAGUGGACCGUGCACUUCGCCAUGCACCCACAGGUGAACCUCUACAGUGUAUCCCGUAAGCGCUACGUCCACCUGAGUACCAAGCACAGUGAAGUGGCUGCUGACCGAGACACCCCCUGGGGGGUAGACUCUCUUUUAACACUCCUCUACCACGACCGCCGAUACCACCUCCAAACUGCAGACCAACGGCUCCUAUCCUGCACUGGAGCACUGGUCUCCCAGCCCGAUGCCAGCACCGGCUUCACGUUGGAGUUCCGUGGAGGCAGAGUGGUGUUCCGAGAUGCUGAGGGGAGGUACCUGUCCCCCUCGGGCCCCAGUGGAACUCUGAAGUCCGCUAAGAAGUCAUCACGCCUGGGGAAAGAUGAGCUGUUUGUGAUGGAGCGGAGUCAUGCUCAAGUCACCCUGAUGGCCUGUAAUGACAAGAAUAUCUCCAUGAGGCAAGGUGUGGACCUCUCGGCCAAUCAGGAUGAAGAGUCUGACCAGGAAGUGUUUCAAUUGGAGAUGAGUAAAGAGGAGGCAGGACUAUGUGCCUUUAGAACCGCUCAGGGGAAAUACUGGACUGUCACGGGGAGCGGAGCGAUACAGAGCAAUGCAUCUAGCAAGUCUGCUAGUUGCCUAUUCCAUCUGGAGUGGUCCGGUUCCAAAGUGUCUCUGAAGGCCAAUAAUGGAAAAUACAUCAACGCACGCAAGAACGGACAACUGACCGCCAGCGCAGACACACCAGGGGAGUCUGAGGUGUUCCGUGUGCACUUGAUCAAUCGUCCUCUACUGGUGCUGCGUGGUGCUCACGGCUUUAUUGGGGCGCGGAAGAGCGACACACACACGCAGGGCACCUCACACACUCUGGACUGUAGUCGGGCCUCUUAUGAUGUCUACAGACUACAACACGCAGACAGAGCUUACAGUCUGAAAGACCUGGCGGGCCGCUAUUGGUCGGUUGGUCCUGAGGGGGGUGUGGUCUCGUGUGGAGGGGAGGAUCCUGACUGGUGGGAGCUGGAGCUGAGGGGGCGUGGCCAGAUGGCUGUCAGGACGGCAGACGGACGCUACCUCCACGGCGACCACACGGGUGCGCUAACGGCUAAAGCUAACGCUAACAACACGCCAGCGCUGUGGGAGUACUAACACACACACACACACACACACACACACAAACACACACAGUGUACAUGCACCUACCUAACACACACACAUACACACCAA